CAAAUGUUAAUAGGCUCAGCUGGGCGCUGAAAAAAAAAAAACACCAAAGGGAAAUUACACCAUCACCAAGCAGUAGUUGAAGACAGAAAGCUGGCAUUUAGGAGAGGACAGCAAGGUGGAAAAAGAGUUACCUAGUUGGGGGAUUGAGAAUCAGAGCAUGAGGGGACACUGCUUUAUCAUGGCAGUUUGACAAGGUGAUCUGUUGUUUCGUUCAAAACUAUCUCCAAGUCUGAUCAUCUCAAGGUUUUUGACUAGGAAUGCCUGCAUCAAAUGAUCAGCUUCUGGGAACCUGUUCCACCAGUGCAGGAGAAUCAGUAACAGCAGUAGAAAACUGGACGUCUGAAUUUCAGCUUUCGUAGGACGGCAGGCAGCCCGACACGGCCCAUCAUACUCAAGGAAGAAGUGGAACAAAGAUGAUCAAGUUGAGAGGGACAGAAAUGGCAACGCUGACAUUGAAGCAUAGGUAAUUCGUUGUUCAUCGUUCAUUUAUUUUAUUGUAUUUUAUUUUAACCUUCCUUGGUCCUGGGAACACCAGACUUCGCAAGAGACCAGAAAAAGGGAAAUAUACAACAUUAUUACAAACAUUAUUUGCACAUUUUAUUUUAUUUUAAAAUGGACCAAACUCUGUUCAAAGUUCUCUUGAGCUUACUCUGGAAUUACUGGCUUUUAGUGGAUUAUGCUAAGGCAGGCAUGGGGGACAACCAUGUCCACUCCAGUUUUAUUUACCGGAGAUUGCGGAACCAUGAGAGGCGAGAGAUCCAAAGAGAAAUUCUUUCCAUCCUGGGUUUACCACAUAGACCCAGGCCAUUUUCAGCUGGAAAACAAGCUUCCUCAGCACCUCUCUUCAUGCUGGAUCUCUACAACGCAAUGGCAAAUGAACAGGAUCCCGAAGAGUUGGAAUAUUUGAUGAGGGGAUCAUCGCCAAGUGGAGAGGGCAAAGGGCUACGGAAAGGCUACUUGGCAUCUCCAAAUGGAUACUCCCGAAGAAUAUACAUAUCACGGACAAGUUCAUUGCCUACACAAAGUCCCACCUUGGCUAGCUUACACGACACCAACUUUCUGAAUGAUGCAGAUAUGGUCAUGAGCUUUGUCAAUUUGGUGGAAAGAGACAAGGAUUUUUCUCACCAACGACGGCACUACAAAGAAUUCCGAUUUGAUUUGACUCAAAUCCCACACGGAGAAGCAGUGACCGCAGCCGAAUUUCGGAUUUACAAGGAUCGAAGUCACAGCCGGUUUGAGAAUGAAACGAUUAAGAUUAGCAUUUAUCAGAUCAUCAAGGAAUAUCCAAACAG